AGGUAAUUAGGCAGGGGCGGAAAACACAUAUUGGAACACGGGACUUGGGCUCGGAGUUGCGAAGCUGGCCGGUGUUAAUUAGCGCCGCCACCGGUGGUCGGUUGGACCAACAUUCAAUAGAUACAAUUGUUGAUUUUGAAUGCCGAAUGCCAUGUUGCAUUUCAUUCAUUGCACAUGGAAGUUACAUAGACGACAUGACAGACCUCGUCAAGGAAGAAAACAAUAGAUUAUCUACCGCCUCAUUAGCCGACGCGUCGAAACACCACGAAGACUCGCUUGAUAUUUCAUCUGUGGCCGGCAUACGAAAUGAAAAGAAUUCCGAUUCAAAUAACAUCAAAACCUCUCCAAUCCUCCCAAUUCAAAGUGACGGGAUCAAAGUCGCAAAACAGGGUCAAGAAAAUGAAGCAUCUGAGCAGCCCACAUUGCCAACAGGGGUAGAUUAUACUGUUUUGACGACUACACAAAAGAAACUCAUUGUAUUCACUGCUUCACUGGCCUCGGUCUUCUCGCCAACGGCUACUGCUAUUUAUUGUAAGUUCUGGAUGAAGGUUUGUGAGGCGAACAUAAGCUGAUAGUUAUAGACCCCUCGUUAGAGACAAUUGCAAGGGACCUCGGCGUGUCAAAUACACGUAUCAACAUCACAGUCACUCUUUUUCUUGUAAUUCAAGAAAUCGCUCCCGCUUUCGUUGCCAACUUGGCGGAUACAACUGGGAGAAGGCCAAUGUAUAUUUUCUGUUUCCUCCUUUUCAAUGCCGCGAAUAUUGGCUUGGCUCUACAGAAUAACUUCACUGCACUCCUGAUCCUGCGAAUGGUUCAGAGUGCGGGAUCUUCUGGGACUGUUGCUCUGGCAAAUGGAGUUGUUGGUGAUAUUGUAACAUCAGCUGAGCGUGGAACAUAUGUUGCUUACACCUCGCUCGGGCCAAUAUUUGGACCCAUGAUUGCUCCGGUUUUAGGUGGUAUCAUCGGACAAUAUGCUGGAUGGCAUUUCAUCUUUUGGUUCUUGCUCAUUUUUUCGGCGGCAGUAUUUAUCCCGUUGAUCUUGUUUAUGCCUGAGACUCGAUCCCACCACCAUUUCUGUCACAAAAUGUCGCAGAUAUGAUUCGCCACAAGAGAAGAGCAAAGGCUGAACUCACAUAUGAUGAAGCCAAGCAUGCAGAGAUCCAAAGAAACUACAAGUUCCGGCUUCCCAACCCGAUGCCAACUCUGGCUGUGCUGCUGGACCUUGAAAGCGCCUGUGUUCUUGUGGCUACUGGAUUAGGUUUAGGAUGUUUUUAUGCUAUUAGGUACUUAAAUAUCUCGCUGUUCUUUCAUGGAGAUUGCUAAUCAACUUUUAUUUAGCACCGGUGCUUCUAAAGUCUUCUCAAACCUCUAUGGCUUCAAUCAGCUUCAGAUCUCCCUCAUGUUCUUACCCAUCGGGUUUGGGAGCAUAGUAUCUGCUUUUACAGUCGGAAAACUUGUAGAUUGGAAUUACCGCCGCUUUGCAAAGCAGCUUGGCGUACCUGUCGUCAAGAAUCGAGUUCAAGACCUAGCCCACUUCCCCAUCGAAAAAGCCCGCUUGCAAGUUGCAUUUCCAACAACUUUCCUAGCCGCUGCAUUUAUUGUCAUGUAUGGUUGGGUCAUGGCCCAGAAAUUGAGUCUUGCUGCUCCGAUUAUCACACUGUUUUUUGGAGGAUUUGGUCUAACCGCCACAUUUCAGACGCUGAAUAUAUUGUUGGUUGAUAUCUAUCCUGGGAAGCCAUCAGUUGCCACAGCUGCGAAUAACUUUGUGCGAUGUGAGAUCGGGACAGUCUUCUCGGCUUUUAUCGUACCGUUAUCUGAUGCCAAAGGAACGGGUUGGGCAUAUACAAUACUUGCCGCGAUGUUCGUGUCGUUCAGUCCGGUUUUGUUAAUUAUCAUGAAGAAAGGACCCGUCUGGAGACGCACCAGGAAGGAAAAAGAAGAUAAAGCGGAGUCGGAGAGGGAGGGGAGAGCCGCCAGGAAAGAACAACAGAGGGCGCAAAAAAAUGAAUCCUGAUAGAGUGUCUCUUACUAGGCAGAAUCAUG